CAUUAUCAUGUUUUAUAUCCCCCUGCACUCACAGAGCAUCAUGGCAAAGUAGCUCCAUCCUCCCCGUCAACAGGGAAGUGAAGCAGCUUCACGGAGCAGGUGUCAGCACCCGAAAACUCCCCAACACACAUGAGCAAAGAAGAAGACAGGAACUUUAUUUUUUUACCUUUUAAUUCAUUUAUCCCCCCUUUUCCUCCUUUCCCCUUCAAGCAGGCAUAUGCUGUAGCCUAGUUUUUAAUGUUUUCUAAAAUGGUAUCCAAGCUGACAUCCCUGCAGCAGGAGCUCCUCAGCGCCCUGCUUGACUCAGGAGUAACCAAAGAUGUCCUGAUCCAGGCCCUGGACGAUAUGGACCCGAGCCCGCCGGGAUUUGGAGUUAAAUUGGAGAACCUGCCCCUUUCGCCCGUUCCGCCGCAGAGCGGAAAGAUGAACGUAGCGGACGCCGCCGACUCCAAACCCGUCUUCCACACGCUCACCAAUGGCCACAGCAAGGGCAAACUGUCCGGGGACGAGGGCUCCGAGGACGGGGACGACUACGACACGCCGCCGAUACUGAAGGAGCUUCAGUCGCUCAACACGGAGGAGGCCGCCGAGCAGAGGGCGGAAGUGGAGCGCAUGUUGGCAGAGGAUCCAUGGCGUGCUGCCCGCAUGAUCAAAGGUUACAUGCAGCAGCACAACAUCCCCCAACGGGAGGUCGUGGACGUCACAGGGCUGAACCAGUCUCACCUCUCCCAGCACCUCAACAAAGGCACGCCCAUGAAAACACAGAAGCGAGCGGCCCUCUACACCUGGUAUGUCAGGAAACAGCGGGAAAUUCUCCGACAGUUCAACCAGGCAGUGCAAGGUUCUGGCAGCAUUAUGACUGACAAAGGCAAUCAGGAUCAGGUGUUUUUUUUCCCAGAGUUCAACCCUUCCGGUCAGGGCAUGGGUCAGCCUGGCGAAGAGGUCGGCAGUGAACCCUCCAGCAAGAAAAUGAGACGUAACCGUUUCAAAUGGGGCCCUGCGUCCCAGCAAAUCCUGUACCAGGCCUAUGAGCGGCAGAAGAACCCGAGCAAGGAGGAGCGGGAGGCCUUGGUGGAAGAGUGCAACAGAGCUGAGUGUCUUCAGAGAGGGGUCUCCCCCUCCAAAGCGCAGGGCCUCGGCUCCAAUCUGGUCACAGAAGUUCGAGUCUACAACUGGUUCGCAAACCGCCGUAAAGAGGAAGCUUUCAGGCAGAAGUUAGCCAUGGAUGCCAUCACUGCUCCGCCCCACAGCCUCAACUCUCUGCUGUCACACAGCUCGCCGCAUCAUCCCCAGAACAGCGCUUCACCUCCAAUGCGAUACAGCCAAGGCCCCGGUGAGGUCACCUCCUCCACGACCAUCAGUCACCACAGCAGCAACUCCAUGCCGAGCAGCCAGUCAGUGCUCCAGCAGGUGUCUCCGGGAGGAUUGGACCACAGCCACAGCCACAGUCUGCUGUCACCUGACACCAAGAUGAUUUCAGGUUCAGGUGGAGGACUUCCUCCAGUUAGCACGCUGACAAACAUCCACAGUUCCCAUCACAGCCAUCAGCAGACGCAGAACCUCAUCAUGCCUCUGUCUGGAGUCAUGGCCAUAGCACAGAGUUUAAACACGUCACAAUCUCAGUCGGUACCAGUGAUCAACAGCGUGGCGGGCAGCCUUGCAGCGCUGCAGCCGGUGCAGUUUUCACAGCAGCUCCACAGCCCCCACCAGCAGAGCCUGAUGCAGCAUUCCCCCAGCCACAUGAGCCAGCAGCCCUUCAUGGCUACUGUCACACACUCGCACAUGUAUUCACACAAACAAGAGCCACCGCAAUAUUCCCACCCGUCACGUUUCCCCUCAGCCAUGGUGGUCACAGACGCAAACAGCCUCAGCACCCUCAGCUCAAUGUCCUCAAGCAAGACAGACGCUCCUGUAAACAAGAUGGUGCAACUCGGGGGUCUCUCCUGGUGUCCUCUUCAAGCCUGGUGAGAGUAAGCGCCUGACUUCCCCGGUGCCGGGCAACCUGAGCACAUUUUUCCACCCUCUUGCCGCUGUUACCAUGACAACUCUUAAUAACGGGCAGAGGCACAAGGUCGAUGAGGAGUCAGUCAACAAAACUAACGGGAGGAAAGACGACGUUGGGCCGGGUGGUAAAAAUAAGAACAUGAGGAAGUAGACAAAAGAAAAAACUGGACUCACUGGAGCCCACCUCUGUGACACACAAAUGAUCAACAAGGAUGUAUGAUUUUAACACAAUCUGUGAAAACAGUAUUCAGUUUUUUUUUAACGCCCAUUUUCAAUAAAGAGACUUCACAAAAGGAACAAAAACCAACCGCCCCCAAAAAACUCAUGAACUGAGAGGCUCUGGGAAACUGACACUUUGAUUUCAAGUGGAAAUAUGAAGACUUGUUGAAUCUAAAAGAGACACUAAUCAGCCUCUGCGAAGGCUUAAAGACUAAAUGAAGUAAGUUCCUGCAUGCUGUCAUUAACGGCAACACAAGAAUGCCAGGAGCAGAACUGUCUGACAAUCACCUGUUUUGAUCUUGUGCAUUGGCUUUAUAGGAGUCUUCCAUGUUAUUCUUUCACUCUCAGUUUACUGUGCCAGCAUUGGCGCAGAUGUUCUAUGUGUAUACUGUGAUUGAAGAGACUUUGACAAUCUUGAAAGGACCAUGCGAUGGGUCUGUUUGCGUAUGCAAUGCUUUUUGUUUUUUUUACUAGAUUCUGCACACUUGAGACUGGAAAAGAAUAUGCACUAUCUAUAAAAUGGAGUUUCUGUUGUGAAAAGCUGCCUGUAACAUAAGAAAAACACAGAUUGAUGUGUUUAUGUGUGACAAAUAUGCCAAAGAAUAAGAGUGUAGCUGAGUGUAGGAUUUAUUUGUGGUCACGUCUCAAAAAUCAGCCAGUCGUAUCUAUAACCCAGGUCUGCCCUGAGGGGGAGGACUGACUCACACACUUUAAACGUGGCCCUUCCCUUCCACUUUGUUUGCAUACAAGUUCAGGUGAAUUUCAGGAAUGGGACUCACCCUCCUCCUUCCUCUCCCAUUUCCUACUGCAAUAUGAAGAAAUAGCAAAAAUUUUUACAAAUAUUGAUAAAAGCUCCUUGUCACAAAGCACCCCUACAGUAUACAAUGAAAAUAUUGACAGGUAUUCAGAAACAAAACAGUCAUGUCGCUCUGGUAUUCAGUGAAAGACAGGGACAUGAAAGAGCAAAAUGUUGUGACAGCAGCAGCUCUAAUCAAACAGGAAUCCAAAAAGGCUGAGAAAUGUCGGGAGAGGGGCAGCUGCUGUGGGUACAGACACCCACGCUUACAGUGCCAAGCUGUGUUAGGAGGACAGAACACAAAGCCAAUGCUGGCCUGGACUCAUACGUGGGAAUCUGACUGUUGGUCCACUGAAAAAGAAAAAGAUGUCGGCUUUAUGCUAACUAGCAUAAAGCUAACGAACACACCAGCAUUGUCUGUACUGGGAGUGAGUUUGUGUUCAGAUCACCCAUUUAGUGAACCCCCCCCAACAUUUGGAAAUUAGACCGCUGGACUGCAAAAUAUAAAACCUUAGCUGUGUGCUAUCCUCUUCUCCGAUAGCGUCUCAGUCGAACUAUCUGCAUGAUAACGGGAAAGGAGAAGAUAUGCAACCAAAUUUGACACCAAAAAGGACACAUUUACAAAUUUGUACAAAACAAAAUGGUAGUUUAUAACCAUAAAACCCUCUGUUAUAAGUGUGGCAGGUCCAGUCUCCUGUUCAAUAUUAGGUCAUUGUUAUCAUUUUGAUUGGUUGGUGUCUGUUAUAGCCACGUCGACUGCCAACUGAUCGGAGGGCACUCAUACUUUUGUGACAGGAUUGAUGAUUUUUUUUCCCUCUCCUAAUGUAUUAUUUUUGUACAAAGUGAAAUCAAUCAUAAAUCAUUAUUUAUACUUUCUGAGAAAAUAUUGAUAUUUCAAGUAAAAGUUUUUUUUUUCCAAAAAUGGAUACAUUGUUUUGUUUAUUUAAUUUGUUUAAUAGAGAGAUUACUUGUCUUUUUAUUGUCUUCAAAAAAAUGUUGUGAUGUUUCUGUGUGAUAAUUAGACAGCCAGAUAGAAAGUGAACAUAACAUCCAGACAUGGUCAGAGCAUCAUUCAGUUCAGCCUCAUCUGAUACUGACAAAGAGCCCACUGUUGAAAACAUAGGUGUGUCAACAUAGUUGUUUUAUGACAAGAUUUCACAGCAGGGUCAUGUUUAAAUCAAGUCAAUUGAAGUUUAUUUUUUAGCAGUAUCAUGUAGCUAUACACCUUCAUUCCUUAAUAACUGAGCAUGCAAAUUCAGGAGGUACCCUAUGUGAGUGAUCCAGGGGGCGUAUUUUUUACCCAUCAUGCCAAAUCUUUUAUAUAGUAUGUUAAAAAUUUAAAUUUCUAUAUGAAGUACUUGUACAUUGGAUUUGGUAGAACUAUGUUUUUUACAAUAGGUACAAUAGUCAAUAGUAAGUAAUUGUAUUUCAUCAGCACGUUCUUUAAAAGACUCUUCUGCCCUCUUUGCUUCAGCCAGACCAUACCACUAUUAUCUAGAUUGUUGUCCAUCAAUCUGUCAUUUUAGCUUCUAAAUGCUGGCUUUAAUGUGCUUUUAAAUGAAAACAUUGAUUAUAGUUCCUUUAAAAAACAAUAUUGAAAAUUAAAUCUUUCAGCAUUUUUCAGAAAUGACAAGAACUGUAGCAUUUUUAAAAAAACAUUCCAAACGUUUUAAAACACUAACAGGGUUGUGAUUUACAUUGUUUGGUAAUGGCCUGACCCUUGCUUUACAGGCUGUGUUGACCCUGUGUUUAUUUCACGGAGUCCUGCUGAGGACAGCCUGUAAUCCACUGAUGUUGCUCCAUUUGCUUUUCAAUGAGGCCUUUGAUUUUCAGACCCAGGAAGCCUCUAAAGAUCUAACCCGGUCUCUUUGACUCUUUUUACUAAAAGAAACUGAAAUACUGGGAGGCUCAUUAGCAUCUGUUUGAGUUUGAAAUACAACACUGAACUUUCUAAACAUGACAUUUAAUUCAGCUUUGAAGAGGGUUUGAAUUUAAGAUUGAUUCAUUUGCAGCUGCGUUUAGAAAUGUACUGAAGAAUGUUCUGGCUGCAAAUUAAAGUUACGUUUGCUCAACAGCUAACACUAAAGCAUCAA